UUUUAAGAACUUCCUUUUUAAGUAUAUUAACAACUUUACAUUUUACCAUUUGAUAGGAAAAUUAUAAUUUAGCUUCUUAAUUUUAGCAGUAUAAAAAUUAAUGAGAAUGGAAUAAAAAAAAAAAAAAAAGCAAAACCUGAAAAUCAUCUGCCAAGAAUCAUGAGAAUGGAACAAAAAGAAAAAAAGAAAAGGGCAAAACCUGAAAAUGAAAUGGCAAAAGUUUCAGUAUGUAGGAGAGGAGAUUAAGAAGUGGGGCCCAGUGAAACAAGAAUCAGAGUAACAACCUCCCUUUGUGUGACAAGAAAAAGAUAUCAUCACAUAAGGCAUGCAGUUUUUGCAGUUUCAAUCUUUCAAUUCCCUUAACCCUUCCUAGCUACCACCUUCCCUUUCCUUUCCUUUCAUUUCCAUUUAAUAGCAAAAUCCCAACUCUCUCUCUCUCUCUCUCUCUCUCUCUCUCUCUCUCUCUCUCAUAUAACUGAAACUAAAUUAUAUCUCAUCCUUUCACUUUCUUGAUUUUAUUCCCAUCUUUUUCAAGAAUUGAAGGAAGAGAGCUAUAUCCAAAAGAUGUAUGAAGAAACAGGUUGCUUUGACCCCAACUCCAUGGUAGAAGGAGCAGAUGAUGGACUUUGCCAAGUUCUACAAAUUCCACCACAGCCACAACCGCUCAUGGCCGGUAGCACUACAAAUAGCCAUAAUAGCUAUGAAGAGAAUCUCAAGCUUUCAGCUGAUCAAGAACUCUCUUACCAUCACAGCAAUAAUCCUCAUCAUCACCACCAAGAAGAUGAUGCUUCUGCUUCUGCUGCCGCUGCUAUGGAAACCCAACUUCAAAAUCACCAAAUGGGUUUUGAUACCCAUUUAAUGCAGGAUUCUUCGAAUCAAGUUAUGGCCUUUAAUUCAUCAACUUCUUUGCAAGAUGCAACUUUUGCUCAGACACCUGACCUUCUCAAUCUUUUUCACUUACCCAGAGGCUCAACUUCUUCUCUGCUACCAAAUUCUUCAAUCUCUUUCACAAACCCUAGCCAUACGGCUCCAUUAGGUUUUGUUGGUGACCUUCCGAUGGCAGACACAGCUUCCGCUUCUUCUAUCCUAUAUGACCCACUUUUUCACUUGAAUCUUCCUCCACAACCUCCUUUAUUUAGGGACUUGUUUCAAUCUUUGCCACCACAUGGCUACUCUUUGCCUGGCUCAAUGGUUAAUUCUUUGUUUGGUGCCGGCGUCGGAGGAGAUGACCAUGUUGAGGGAAGUGGAGAUGGAGGUGGCAUUUACCAAGACGGUGAUGGAGAGCAGCAGUUUGAUAAUGGGGUACUUGACUUCACAUGGGAUAUGCCUUGUAUGGGUAAAGGAAGAGAUGCUGGUAAAAAGACUAAACCCUUUGCUACUGAGCGCCAAAGGAGACAACACCUUAAUGAUAAGUACAAAGCUUUGCAGAAUUUGGUUCCUAAUCCUACAAAGGCUGAUAGAACAUCUGUGGUUGGAGAUGCAAUUGAUUAUAUCAAGGAACUUCUUAGAACUGUUAAUGAGCUGAAACUACUAGUAGAAAAAAAGAGAUGUGCUAGAGAAAGGAGCAAGAGACAGAAGACAGAAGAAGAUUCUAUAGGGAAUGGUCAUGACAGUUCUUGUAUCACCAAACCUCUUGGCGACCCUGAUCAGAGUUUCAACAAUGGAUCAUUAAGGAGCUCUUGGAUUGAAAGGAAAUCAAAGGAUACGGAGGUGGACGUUCGUAUAAUUGAUGAUGAAGUUACUAUCAAACUUGUUCAACGAAAGAAGAUCAAUUGCUUGCUGUUUGUCUCCAAAGUCCUUGAUGAACUUCAGCUUGAUCUCCAUCACGUUGCUGGUGGCCAUAUUGGUGAUUACUACAGCUUUCUCUUUAACACCAAGAUAUUUGAAGGUUCUUCAGUUUAUGCGAGUGCCAUAGCAAACAAGCUGAUUGAGGUGGUAGACAGGCAUUAUGCAUCAACUCCAUCUACAAACUGAUAUUAGUUAUUAUUAUUAUUAUAGUAUUUAUAUAGGAAUAGCAGUUGAGUAGUUGAAAAAUGUGGUCUAGGCAUUGUGGAAGUGGUUUAAAUAAUAUGUGUGAAACAAUUAAUUAGACAGUAAGUAACCGAGAUUAGUUAUAUAAAGAGGCUAAUUGCUAAUGUACUGAUAUUUUGGGCCAUUUUAGUGACAUUUCCCACUAUUUUAGUCUGGAUUUUUA